GAGCGCUCAGUGUGAGCGACUGCAGCUGGAGAGACAAUAACAGCGACGCGCGCGCAGCCUCAUUUGGACUUGCUAUGGACCAGCAGCACGAUUUAUUGAACUCCUCGCCCAAUAGCCACACAGCUCACUACAACUCUGCCGACACCAUGGCAACCUCCCUUUCUGGAAUGUCCAUCAAUGAUCAUCACCACGGCAACCAGUUCCAUAAGGAGAAUGGAGUUGCGGUGGGGCUUGUGAGACCAGGCGACUGUCCAAUGAAAGAAGGUUCCCAAAAUUCAUGUGAGGAGCAGACAGACGAUCAGCACAUGGCUGUGGAAGUAUUGAGCGCUGGAGGACCUGGGGCCACAGCUCAGUCCAAGACCAAUGGUGAUACUGAGAAGAGGGCUCCUAGUAGUGUUAGACCCCAUGCUGCUGGUACGAAGAUUCCUGCCAUGACUGCGGUUGCCAAAAAUGGAAAAGACUCUCCUAAGACUCCUGAGACCAGCGGGCACAGCAGCCCUGGCACUCCCAAAUCCCCUGCCAGCAAGGCUAUGAGUGGCAAGCCUCUAGCCGGCACAGGCAAUGAAAUCAAGAAGGUAGCAGUGAUUCGCUCAACCCCUAAAUCUCCAAAGAGCCGUUCUCCAACUUCACUGUCUGCUGCGGCCCCCCUACCUGACCUAAAGAAUGUUCGCCCAAAAGUCGGCUCUACUGACAACCUAAAGCAUCAGCCUGGAGGUGGCCGGGUGCAAAUUCUUGAUCAGAAGGUGGACUUCAGUAAUGUCCAGGCAAAGUGUGGCUCCAAAGCCAACCUCAAGCACGUACCAGGAGGUGGCAAUGUGCAAAUUCUUGAUCAGAAGUUGGACUUUAGUAAUGUCCAGUCUAAGUGUGGCUCCAAAGACAAAAUCAACUACUCACCUGGAGGCGGCAAUGUAAAGAUUCUUGAUCAGAAGGUGGACUUCACAAAUGUCCAGUCAAAGUGUGGCUCCAAAGACAAUAUCAAACAUGUACCAGGAGGUGGCAAUGUGCAAAUUCUCGAUCAGAAGUUGAACUUAAGUACCGUGCAGGCUAGGUGUGGUUCCAAAGAUAAUAUCAAACAUGUACCCGGAGGUGGUAAAGUUCAAAUCCUCCACAAGAAGAUUGACCUAAGCAACGUGCAGUCAAAAUGCGGAUCGAAAGACAACAUUCGCCACAAACCAGGUGGAGGAAACAUUGAGAUCAGGUCAGAGAAGCUUGAUUUCAAGGCUCAGCCAAAGGUUGGCUCGAUGGGCAACAUCAAACAUACAGCUGGAGGAGGCAACAAGAGGAUUGAGUCACACAAACUGAUGUUCCGUGAGCAGGCCAAAGCGCGAACCGACCAUGGCGCAGAAAUCGUGUCUCUAGAGGAGUCGCCACAUGGCUUGAGCAACGUUUCCUCCUCUGGCAGCAUCAACAUGGCAGAUCCGCCUCAGCUUUCCACCCUCGCAGACCAGGUGUCUGCAUCUUUGGCCAAGCAGGGCUUGUGAUUGGACCACACCACCACCCAAACAAGCCACUAAAUCCCACACCCCUCCUUUCCAAAAACAACACACCCAUUCACAUACCUGAUACGGUAACAUUGUAACUCUGAAAACCGUCAUUUUGUUGCCCAGAAAACAUUGUCAAGAAACCUCUGGCAGACACUGUUCAAUUUUGUAAUAAGUAUGAUUUAUAGGCCAAUGAAGCGGUUUUGACUGUGAAUUAUGUAUGGAUCUGCCUGUCCACUUGUCCCUUGCUUUAAGUCAGUGUUAUUGGUGAGGAUUUUUUGUCCUACAAUCUCCUUCUCUUGACAUUAGUAGAUAUACAGUAUUUAGUAGCACAAAAUUACAUUAUUGUAUUUUCAUCACAUUUUCUUUUGGCAUGCCAAUUUAAGCCUUUGGUUUUAAAUGUUUAAAGGCUGAAUCAGAUUAACAUUAGAUUUGAAAUCACAAAUAAGUUGCUUAGAAGCACCUAAAAUGAAAAUCUGAGCAUCUUAGAGCACCAUGUCUUCAGAAACAGAAACUUAAAGCCCUGCCAUCCAUUUUAAAAGAUACGUAAGGCAAAAGUGACAACAACAACAAAAAAAAAAAUACAAAACUGCUUUGUGUAGAGAGCUGAUUGCUUUUUGGUUCUUUCAUGCUCUUGUGUGUGCCAUUGAUCUGAGAUUACACUUCUUCAAGAUCCCCCUUGAGAUAUGUCUUGCAGUAAACCAUGAGAUUUGACAUGAAAAAACACUUUUCUUACAGUAUUAUUCUGUGGAUAUGGGAUGGUUAUGAUAUGGAAACUGUCUUAAAUUACCCAUUUUUGUCAUUGCUUCAUUGAAAAUGCCUCUCCUACUUUUACUUAGUUCUUUAACAUUGGCAAGUAACAAAACAUUAAAUUGAUAUUGAUGCUUUUUGCAUAAAAGUAAAUUACGGUAUCUUAAAGUUGUAGCUACGUACAUGUUUUAACCAAGUUGGAUAUGACAGAUGUUUUUAAGGACAAGCUGCAUGUGUUCAAUUUAUCCAAAGCAAUGAUUGAUUGAUAUUUUAUGCAUAACACUGCCAAUAGUUGUUCCCUUUUAUCACUUGUGUGACGGCCAGAUCUAAUUUAUGAGAUGAAUUGCCAAACUGUUCUCCUUAAAGGGAUAUUCCGGGUUCAAUACAAGUUAAGCUCAAUCAACAGCAUUUGUGGCAUAAUGUUGAUAACCACAAAAAUGUAUUUAGACUCGUCCCUCCUUUUCUUUAAAAACAGCAACAGUGAAGCACUUACAAUGGAAGCCAAUGAGCCAAUCAGUAAACGUUACAAUAAACACUGUUUCAAAAGUAUAACGACAAGACGUAAAUAAUAUGCAUUUUAACAUGAUUUUAGUGUGAUAAAAUCACUUACUAACAUUUUCUUUGUAAAGUUAUAGAGCGUUUUACAAUUCCGUUGCCAUGACGAUAUUAUGUAAACAAACCCUUAAACCCUAAAAUGACUGUUAAAAACUUUACAGCUCAAAUAAUAUAUGAGUUUUAACAGAAGAAUUAAUGUAAAUGCUUUUAUAAAAUUAGAACCCUCACAUUUCUGCCUUUAAACCCUCCAAAAAAUUGGCCCCAUUCACUUCCAUUGAGGGUGCCUUACUGUAACCUAAAUUUUUGCCUUUUUUAAAGAAAAGGAGGGAUGAGUCGACAUUACUUAAUGCUGCAAAUGCUGUCGAUUGAGUUUAACUUGUACUGAACAUGGAAUAUUCCAUUGUAAAUUGCCCAUCACAUUUAUUCUCAUAAUAAAAUAUGUUGUAUUGUUCUUCACAAAACAUCUACUGUAGCACAAGCAUGCCCAUUAAAACUGUCUGAUCUUUUGAACACUUCCUACUAUUACAUCUUAGGGUGUUCUAUUCAAUUGAAUGAUGAUGGAAUGUCCUCAACCAAUCAUAUUUUUUUAAUUCUCUCCCUUGCACUGUACUAUUGCAGAAUGUUUAAUGAGCUAUGAACCACUCCACACUAUAUUUGCUCCACACUAUCUUUGCUCCUUGCAUGCUUUUCAUGUAAGCAACCCGAGAUACUGCGUUGCCUCUUACACGCCUUCUUACGUAAAUCCCAUAAUCGCUGACGUGCUUAUUAGGAUACCUGUUAGAUAGUGGUCGAAAAAGAGCACUGUACUCAUUCGGCAACCUCUGUUUCUUUGUGUUGGAGAUGAAGCUGUGUAACUAGCAUUAGAUAUUAAAUGAAUGUUUAUUGUACGUUUAUGACUGUAUGUUUCUACAAGGACUUGAUGAGACUUAAAAAAAAAAAAUCUGAAAAGUUCAGAGAUCAUGCUUGCAACACUUUUAGCUGCAUGUCGAGUUGUUUUAACGUGGAUUUGGCAACACGUUUCUGGACGUUUUCUGACUUGGGUUGAUUUCGGUAGGUGAAGGUUUUGGAAACAUGAUUUUGUUCCACUUGUGGUGCUUUUGUAGGACGAGGAUUGAGAGUUUAGCUGUUUAGUGGAAAAAGAGAGUCGGUCCUUUGGUUUAAAUGUCUCACUCUAUAGCACAUACCACAUGGUUCUGGGUGCAGUUUUGUCAUCCUGUUGUCAUUUACUCCAUAUCCACCAUUUUUGCAGUUUUAAAUUUUAGCUUGGGAACUGUGGUUGCCAAUAUUGUUAAUGUGUGUUUUAUUAAUAACUGGUUCACAAUGAUUCUUGUUUAUGUACAUGUGAAUUUGGAAAUAAAGGAUA